AUGCCAGGAGAUGAGCAUGAUAUGGAGCUGGGAGAUAUUGAGGCAGACAUCCAGGGUGAGCAUGGAGAGGAGCAGGAUGUUGAUGAGCAGAAGUUUCAGGAACUAUUCUACGUUGCUCCCACCCAUUUGAAGGAUGAUGUCGAGAAGGGGAAGAGGUUUGAGAAAGGUAGUAUUUGCAUUGCAUCUGUUCCAGCUUAUGUUUUGUUUAAUUCGGGUGCUUCGCACUCCUUCAUAUCUCCUUCUUUCGCGAAGAAGAUGGGCAUUGUCCCUAAGGGUCUGACUCAGGGCCUGGCAGUCAGCACACCGACAGGGAGUAUUGUUGUCAAGCCUCAAGAGGGAGAAGAGUUCACCAUUUCGGGGGACAAAAAGAAAUGGUCCAAGAAGCUUAUCAUCUCGGCUCUCCAAGCCAAGAAGUUCAUGGAUCAAGGGUGUGAAUCCUACUUAGCCUCUGUGACUAGUACAAAAGCGCAAGUAAAACCCUUGGAGGAAAUAAGGAUUGUGAAGGAGUUUCCCGAUGUCUUUCCUGAUGAUUUGAUGGAGCUACCCCCUGAUUGGGAAAUGGAAUUUGUUAUUGAUCUACUACCCGGGGCUGCACCAGUGUCAAAAGCCCCAUAUCGGAUGGCUCCAACUGAGUUGAAGGAAUUGCAAGUCCAGCUUUAA